ACACAUAAUUUUGCGCUUAAUUUGAAACUUUGACACGAAAAUUUCAUCUAUAGUAACGAAAAUUAACAAACACUUUCAGAAUGACGACAUUGAAUGAAACAAGAAAGCACCACCGGUUGUUACGUGUCCGGCAGUUUAUUCUAUAUUUACUGUCUAUCAGCUGGCACGACGGGUCAGCCAGCAGCUCUAUUAUUUGUGCGCACUUGCUUUUGCGAGGAAACAUCGGCCGGCUCAAGAAAGACACGUCGACGCACGCGGUGAAUAAUUAUGUUCCGUCCUGCCAUUCAUGGUUGGGCAGUGAGAUAAUCAAUCAACCGAGGAGGACGCGAACUGCGUGAGCAAAAAAGAAAUGUGCAAAUAGCGGUAAAAGUGGUAAAGAACCUAGGAGAUGGGCGGCGUAGCGGAAAAGUGUCUAGAGUAGUGCCACUUUCCUUCCAUUGAAUGGGGUGCUAGUAAUACUCGAGACAGGUCACCAGUGCAGUAGUGGUACGCGAUGCAGCUGUGCGUGAUUGGUGCUGGGGUGGUUGGUCUUACCACCGCCUUAGAGUUGCAGAAGGAAUAUCGAAAUGCGACCGUUACAAUUGUGGCAGAUCGUUUUGAGCAGGACACCUGUAGCGACGUGGCAGCCGGGUUGUUUCGCCCGGGAACAAGUUUCUGCGGACCGACCGAGGAUAUCACUAGGAAAUGGAUAUCCGAUGCUUAUCGUUACUGGGAUGAUAUCAGAAAAACAGAGGAUGCUUCCGACGCUGGAGUGGCACAACUUUCUGGAUAUAUUUUCUCCAGCACAGACCCUGCGAUUGUUAGGAAUCAUUACAUCGAGAAAGUGCUUCCGUUGUAUCGACCAGUAACCGAACAAGAGCUGACGCUUUGCCCAGGUGAAUGGAAGUACGGAUCGUUCUUCACGACAGUUCUAACCGAAUGCCGUUUAUUCCAACCAUGGGCCACUAAAAGAUUUUUGCGUCAGGGCGGUCGAAUUGUUACCGAAAACCUGGAGGGUUUCCACAGAUUGACCGGUAAAUUCAGCGCGGUUGUCAAUUGUUCUGGCCUGGGGGCUAAGAAGUUGUGCAAUGAUUACAAACUCGUUCCGAUCCGAGGACAAGUUAUCAAAGUCAAAGCUUCCUGGGUCAAAACGGCUUUCUAUGCGGACUACGACACCUACAUUAUACCCGGAUUCCAAGGAGUCACCCUAGGUGGAUGUCGCAAUUUUGACAGCUAUAAUACGAACUUAUGUCGGCAUGAUUCAGCAGCAAUAAGGGAACGUUGUGAGGCACUGUUACCUAGCUUAAAGGGAGCACCCGUCAUAAGGGAGGCCGUUGGAUUGAGACCUCACCGAGACCCGGUUCGGGUAGAGCCUGAAUGGAUGCAAUUCCCCAGCGGAACACUGAAAGUUAUCCACAACUAUGGUCACGGAGGUUAUGGAGUAACUACGGCUCCCGGAACUGCAAUUUAUGCUACACAAUUACUAACUGAUUUACUGAAAAGCAAUAGUAAAUUGUGAAUUUCUUCCAUCAAGUAAAUAUUUUUACUUUCGAAACAAAUAAAAUAAAUAGUAUAUAUAUUUUUGGAUAACAAUCUUAAGCAAGAUUUAAGCAAAUUGUAAUGGUAAUUGCGAAAUACAUUCCAAAUGUACCGGAAUAAUGAAUCUAAGCCAACUUUCGUUGAUUGUAAGCAGUGGGUACCAUACAAUUCUCCUAGUGUUAU